UUCUGCGCCUUCAGGGCAAUAAGGUACACCGUUGCUUCCCGCCGGCCCCAAAUUCCGUGUUACUUCCGGCCGUAGACCUCUGCCGUCGUUGGCCAUGGACGCCUCCGAGUCCGAGUCCUCGCCUCUGCAUGUCGUCAUCUUCCCGUGGCUCGCCAUGGGCCACCUGCUGCCCUGCCUCGAGCUCGCCGAGCGCCUGGCCGCACGGGGCCACCGCGUGUCCUUUGUCUCCACGCCGCGCAACCUCGCCCGCCUCCCGCCGGUCCGUCCCGCGCUGGCGUCGCUCGUCCACCUCGUCGCGCUGCCGCUCCCGCGCGUCGCCGGCCUCCCGGACGGCGCCGAGUCCACCAGCGACGUCCCGCCCGACAAGUUCCACCUCCAUAGGGUGGCGUUCGACGGCCUCGCCGCACCGUUCACGGCCUUCCUCGAUGCCGCUUGCGCCGGCGGCAGGAGGCCCGACUGGGUCGUGGCCGACUUCGUGCACCACUGGGUCGCCGCUGUGGCCCAAGCCCGCAAGGUGCCGUGCGCCAUGCUUCUCCCGUGCGCUGCUGGCGUCGCGGCCUUGUCCGGCCCGCCGCCGGAGUCCCGAGCGGAGGAACAGCAAGCGGUAUCCAGGUCCAUGGACGCAGCGCCGAGGUUCGAGGCUGAGCUGACCACGGAGGAGUUCGCCGCAGAAGACGCCUCGGGGUUGUCCAUCAUGGGCCGCUUCUUCAUGACGUUGAAGAGGUCCAAGCUCGUCGCCCUUCGGAGCAGCCCAGAACUGGAGCCCGACGCGUUCCCGCUCCUGACGAGGCUCUACGGCAAGCCGGCCGUCCCGCUCGGCCUGCUUCCGCCGCCGCCCAACGGAGCCCGCAGCGCCAGCGAGAACUCCGAGGACGUUGCGAUCAUUCAGUGGCUCGACGCGCGGCCGGCCAAGUCGGUGGUCUACGUGGCGUUGGGAAGCGAGGCGCCGUUGCGCGCCGAGCUGCUCCGCGAGCUGGCCCACGGGCUGGAGCUCUCCGGAACGCGCUUCCUCUGGGUCCUAAGGAAUCCCGUCAACGGCGACGCGGACACCAUCCUACCAGACGGCUUCAUGGAGCGCACCGCCGAGCGUGGGCUUGUGGCGGUGCGGUGGGUUCCUCAGGUGAGCAUACUGGCGCACGGCGCGGUGGGCGCGUUCUUGACGCACUGCGGGUGGGGUUCGGUCGUGGAGGGGCUCCAGUUCGGGCACCCCCUGAUCAUGCUGCCGCUCGCCGGUGACCAGGGCCCCAACGCGCGGCUCAUGGAGGAGAGGAAGGUCGGGGUGCUGGUGCCGAGAGACGAGAAGGAUGGGUCGUUUACCCGGGACGGCGUCGCCGGAGCUGUUCGGGCCGUUGUUGUGGAGGAGGGGGGAAGGGUGUUCGCGGACAAUGCCAAGAGGCUGCAAGGCGUCGUGGCGAGCGUGGAGUGCAACGAGAGGUGCAUCGACUUGUUUGGUCAGCACUUACGAUCUUGUAGGAACUAGGGAGGGUAAGAAUUUUUUUGAGCUAUCUACUACCUCUGUACUGAAGUACUUCUAGUUGGGAGGAGCUUCGGAAAUUCGUUGGCGUGGACGAGCUCGCCUGCUCGCGUUAUCUGAAUCAAGGUGUAUCCCUGCUAGACUGAAUUCUGCUAGACUGAAUUCCGCUCGGGUCGACCUACCUACUCCAUUAAACUCCCCAUCUAUCAUCGACGGCGGCUCAGUCUAUAAUAGUCCAUCCCCAAAUCGAAGGAACGAACCCUAGUUGCACACUGUUCUUAAUAGACCCCCAAAUCGGAGCAAGGAACAGCAGCCGCAGAAAAGAUGGCAAAUCUGAAUCAAGGUGCUGAUCCGGCGGCACUUCCAAUCGUGCCUUGCCCGGACUGUGGCAGGAACGUAGUCGCCUACGUUACUCGUCGCGGGCAGAGCGCCGGCGAGCGAUUCUACAAGUGUCGCAAUCACAAUCCGUCAGGUGGUGGAUGCGAUUUCUACAAGUAGCAAGCGUACGCCGACUACCUCGCGUCGCCGUGUCCAGCCGCACCCCCAUUGGCGCAAAUCGAGCCAGGAUAAGAGCAAGGCGGCCAAGCUUUGGGAGUUCAAGAUCUACAGGUGCCACACGCACCACACCACAGGGCAGCAGAACGGCAUGCCGGGGGCACCCAGUUCGUUUCUUCAGUCAGCGCCGCUGCAGGAUACAUGCUCGCCGCGCUUCCAGCUGCUGGGCGCCAGGGAACCAUUGGCGUUGACGCUGCAUCCAUCAAUCUGGUGGUCUCCGAGGCCAACCUUGUCACUUGGGUGGCAAUCCUUGUGUUGGUUGUGGUCAUGCACGUGCGUGGUUAGGCGCCAGCUGCGAAUAGAGCACGGCGUAUCAUUGUACCUGCAAAUCAAGUAUUAUGAUGUCUGUAUCAUUGGUUAGCAGCCAAGUGUAUAAUGGUGUAAGCGCAGCUAUGGUGUUGCUGAUCGCGAACUUUUGUAAUGAUCAAGUUUAAGCUGUGUGAUG